UCACACAAACAGCACAGCAGAAUCGCUCCAGUGGCUUUUGUCGGAAUUAACAGGUGUGAAUUAAACACCAUUAGUUAUUUAGUCAGUCGACUGUGUCGCCGUAAUUUUUUUUAAGAACUCGUUAGCUGUUAAUUUAUCACCAGUAUCGUGUUUAAUUCGACGCUUCUUUGGGAUGAAAUGUCUCAGUCGGUAACUGCUGUGCCUUCGCCAGAGCUGCGCGAGAGCCUGCAGGUGUCCAGUCUGACGCUGUUGGUCCUCGUGCUCAUUCCCUGUGUAGUUCUGCUGCUGCUGUUAAACUGCCUGUUGCUGGGAUACAAACUGCUCCUGUUCGCGAGGAGAAAGAGAGCGCGCUACGGUUCUGAGAGCAUGCUCUUGCGUUCGUCAUCGUCGCUGUCCACGCGCCAGAGAAUUGCCCGUUUUACCGACGACCCGUCGUUCGGCCCGGUACGGAAAACGAAGUAUGCGUCCGUUUCAGAGCCGAUGUUGGCGCCGCCGAUCACGUCGUCCCUCACGUCAUCUGCAGAGCGGAGGGCUGCGUGCGGCCAGCGCUGCAGGUCAGAGGCUCUCGCGCGCCCGGACGGGGCUACCUAUGCGGGCUCAGGGUCGCUGCGCGUGCCGAGCACGAUGCUGGGCGCCAGCGGGUCGCGCGCUUGGCGGAGGAGCGCCCCGGUGCUUUUACAGUCCAGCGACUCGGAAAUGGAGCGCGAGAAUGUCGCACCGCCAAACUCUCCAGAGCAGCUCGUGACUCAGAGCAGGCACGGUUCAUUACCUGUGAUGAUGCGCAGGAGUAGCACUGUAGAGCUGGAGCUGGUCUCUCUCGAUAAGGUCCACAUGGAAGGCGAACUCGUCAGCAGCAUCCCACAAGAGACCUCAUGCUUCAUAGCAUCCGCGAGCUCCUCAGCUGCCGGACCUGGCCUGGACAGUGACUUCGGUGCCAGUGCAGGUGUGUCUUUGCGCAUCCUGUCGGCGGACAGUGACGGUUUUCCAGGGGCAGCUUGGGCAUCUGGUCUUGAAUGGGAUUAUUACGACCCUAGUUACGUCACGCAGAACCACGUUCCCAAACACAGACACCACGCACCGCCCAUCACAACCAAACAGUACUGGGUCUAACAUGCAUCACUCUUCAGAUUGCAGCUGAAGAAUAGUUUUAAGCCCUUUGACACACACACCCCCAACACCUUAUCCACAUGUAUACUUGCACAGUUCACGUUCCUAAACUGCAGUAUUUUUUUGUUUUUGUUUGUUUAAGAGAAUCACCCACUUGUUCAUGUGUUUAAUCACAUAUAUUUAAUAUGCACUUGUCUUCCACUGUAUGCACUCAUUAUUGUAUGUUAUUGGUUUGCAUGUAUUUUGUCAUUCUCAUCAGGCUCCUGUAGUUUGGGCCUUAAAGCACAUUUAUUAACACUAGCACCUGAAUACAAAAUUCUUUUCUUGCCUUGUACAGUUGACACUGUGUACAUCACCUUUAAUUUAUUGUCUAAAUAAAACAUUUUAUACUAUU